AAACCAAACCACUUAAGUGGGCUACCAAGGUGAACGGAGAACCGUUCCCACCUUAAAAUCAGCCUCAGUCGUGACGUCAGGUCGGAAAUAUACCAAAGCGAGCGCGGGCCAGGAGUCCGGGGAGCGCGGCAGCGCGGCGAUUGGACCGCCGGCCGCUGACGCGCGCUGACGCGCGCAGACUUUAGGUGCAUGUUGGCAGCGGCAGCCCGAGCCACAUAAACAAAGGCACAUUGGCGGCCAGGGCCAGUCCGCCCCGUGGCUCUGCACAGCUCCGCGUCCCUCUCGCCUGCCCAGCCGGCUGCCUGCCUCUUCUCCCGCCGGGCUGGCGGCGUGUGGCUCCCCCGCGCCCGGAUCCCGCAGCACCCACCCCGGCGGACCCCGGAGCCCCGGCUCCCGAAAGGAACUGCACUUCGGCGGAGUUGAAUGAAUGAAGAGAGCAGAGAAGGAGAUCUGACGGGCUGGAUUCCCAAUUGCUUUUUUAAAAAAUCUUGGAAACUUUGUCCUUCGUUGAAUUACGACACUGUCCACCUUUAAUUUCCUCGAAAACUCCAAUAACUCGGCUGAAGCCAUGCCUUGUGUUCAGGCGCAGUAUGGGUCCUCGCCUCAAGGAGCCAGCCCCGCUUCUCAGAGCUACAGUUACCACUCUUCGGGAGAAUACAGCUCCGAUUUCUUAACUCCAGAGUUUGUCAAGUUUAGCAUGGACCUCACCAACACUGAAAUCACUGCCACCACUUCUCUCCCCAGCUUCAGUACCUUUAUGGACAACUACAGCACAGGCUACGACGUCAAGCCACCUUGCUUGUACCAAAUGCCCCUGUCCGGACAGCAGUCCUCCAUUAAGGUAGAAGACAUUCAGAUGCACAACUACCAGCAGCACAGCCACCUGCCCCCUCAGUCCGAGGAGAUGAUGCCACACUCCGGGUCGGUUUAUUACAAGCCCUCCUCACCCCCGACACCCAGCACCCCGGGCUUCCAGGUGCAGCACAGCCCUAUGUGGGACGACCCGGGGUCUCUUCACAACUUCCACCAGAACUACGUGGCCACUACGCACAUGAUCGAGCAGAGGAAGACACCUGUCUCCCGCCUUUCGCUCUUCUCCUUUAAACAGUCGCCCCCGGGCACUCCUGUGUCUAGCUGCCAGAUGCGCUUCGACGGGCCUCUGCACGUCCCCAUGAACGCGGAGCCCGCGGGCAGCCACCACGUAGUGGAUGGGCAGACCUUCGCCGUGCCCAACCCCAUUCGCAAGCCGGCAUCCAUGGGCUUCCCGGGCUUGCAGAUCGGCCACGCGUCUCAGUUGCUUGACUCGCAGGUGCCCUCUCCGCCGUCCCGGGGCUCUCCCUCCAACGAGGGUCUGUGCGCUGUGUGCGGCGACAACGCGGCCUGUCAGCACUACGGUGUUCGCACUUGUGAGGGCUGCAAAGGUUUCUUUAAGCGCACGGUGCAAAAAAACGCGAAAUACGUGUGUUUAGCAAAUAAAAACUGCCCAGUGGACAAGCGCCGCCGAAAUCGUUGUCAGUACUGUCGAUUUCAGAAGUGCCUGGCUGUUGGGAUGGUUAAAGAAGUGGUUCGCACCGACAGUUUAAAAGGCCGGAGAGGUCGUUUACCCUCGAAGCCGAAGAGCCCACAGGAUCCCUCUCCCCCCUCACCUCCGGUGAGUCUGAUCAGUGCCCUCGUCAGAGCCCAUGUCGACUCCAACCCGGCUAUGACCAGCCUGGACUAUUCCAGGUUCCAGGCAAACCCUGACUAUCAGAUGAGUGGAGAUGACACCCAACAUAUACAGCAAUUCUACGAUCUCCUGACUGGCUCCAUGGAGAUCAUCAGAGGUUGGGCAGAGAAGAUCCCGGGCUUUGCUGACCUGCCCAAAGCUGAUCAAGAUCUGCUUUUUGAAUCAGCUUUCUUAGAAUUAUUUGUUCUGCGAUUAGCUUACAGGUCCAACCCAGUGGAGGGUAAACUCAUCUUUUGCAAUGGGGUGGUCUUGCACAGGUUGCAAUGCGUGCGUGGCUUUGGGGAAUGGAUUGAUUCCAUUGUUGAAUUCUCCUCCAACUUGCAGAAUAUGAACAUCGACAUUUCUGCCUUCUCCUGCAUUGCUGCCCUGGCUAUGGUCACAGAGAGACACGGGCUCAAGGAACCUAAGAGAGUGGAAGAACUGCAAAACAAAAUUGUAAAUUGUCUUAAAGACCACGUGACUUUCAAUAAUGGGGGCUUGAACCGACCCAACUAUCUGUCCAAACUGUUGGGGAAGCUCCCAGAACUCCGUACCCUUUGCACACAGGGGCUCCAGCGCAUUUUCUACCUGAAAUUGGAAGACUUGGUACCGCCACCAGCAAUAAUUGACAAACUUUUCCUGGAUACCUUACCUUUCUAAGAUCUUCUCCCAUGCACUUCUAAAGACCUGGAAAGAAAAACUAUCCAGAGGGGGCUGGUCAUGGGCAGAGAGCUGGCUAAAGUGUUCAGUUCAUGUCCUCUCCCUUCUGUAGACCCCUAACCCCAUCCCUAAAGUCAACAAACAAACAAACAAACAAACAAACAAACAAUUUUCUAACCUACAGGCAGAAUCUGAAAGGGCAUUUUGGCUCCGGGGCAUCCUGGAUUUAGAAAACAGACAACACAGUACAGUGGUAUAAACUUUUUAUUAUCAGUUCAAAAAUCAGUUUAUUGUUCAGAAGAAAGAUUGCUAAUGUACCGUGGGAAAUGUUUGGUCAUGCUUGCUUGAUACAGUUAAGACAAACAUAACACACACACACACACACACACACACACACACACACACACACACCCCUUAAGGGGACCCACAUAUUUUGCCCUUUAACAAGACUUCAGAGUUUUCUGCUGUAAAGAAAGCUGUAAUAUAUAGUAAAACUCAAUGUUGCGUGGAUGGCAUGAGCUGAGGAAGGCAGAGGCUUGUAAAUUUAUCCAAUGCAGUUUGGCUUUUUAAAUUAUUUUGUGCCUAUUUAUGAAUAAAUAUUACAAAUUCUAAAAAGUAAGUGUGUUUGCAAAAAAAAAAAAAAGAAAAUAACUACAUAAAAAGGGACAAGCAUGUGAUUCUAGGUUGAAGAUGUUAUAGGCACUUGCUAUUUCAGUAAUGUCUAUAUUAUAUAAAUAGUAUUUCAGACACUAUGUAGUCUGUUAGAUUUUAUAAAGAUUGGUAGUUAUCUGAGCUUAAACAUUUUCUCAAUUGUAUAAUAGGUGGGCACAAGUAUCAAUACAUUGGAAAAUCCUGACAAAGGGGACACAUAGUGUUUGUAACACCGUCCAACAUUCCUUGUUUGUAAGUGUUGUAUGUACCGUUGAUGUUGAUAAAAGAAAGUUUAUAUCUUGAUUAUUUUGUUGUCUAAAGCUAAACAGAACUUGCAUGCAGCAGCUUUUGACUGUUUCCAGAGUGCUUAUAAUAUACAUAACUCCCUGGAAAUUACUGAGCACUUUGAAUUUUUUUGUUUUUGUUUUUUUUACGUCUAAAAUUGUCAGUUAAUAUAUUAUUUUAUGUUUGAGUAAGAAUUUUAAUAUUGCCAUAUUCUGUAGUAUUUUUCUUUGUAUAUUUCUAGUACGGCACAUGAGAUGAGUCACUGCCUUUUUUCUAUGGUGUAUGACAGUUAGAGACGCUGAUUUUUUUUCCUGAUAAGUUCUUUCUUUGAGAAAGACAAUUUUAAUGUUUACAACAAUAAACCACGUAAAUGAA